ACCAAUACAUUCCCUCCCUUAUUGUGAUUCCAAUGUAAUAGGCCAUACCGCGUCUGCCUGGGUUUUGCUCCGAAUCUUCCAUGGCAGCACACCAUAGCUCAAGCCUUUGAAUUCUUCUCUUUUCCUCUCUCUAUAUAGACCCUCUCCAGUUUCUCCUCUUCCCAUUUCAUCAUCUUCAUCCUCUUCAUCUUCCCAAUUUCCUUCUGCAACUUCAUAAUUACUCUCCAUUGAAUGCAAUUGAAUUGAACUCACCCAAUGAAGUUCGGCAAGGAGUUCACAGCUCAAAUGGUGCCGGAAUGGCACGAGGCUUACAUGGAUUACAAUUUCCUCAAAACCCUUUUGAAGGAAAUUCAGAGAUUUAAGCUCAGAAAUGGCCCUCCCCAACCCCCUCAACCCUCUGGCUUGAAGCGCAAACUCACUCUCUACAGAGCCUUCAGUGGCCUAACUCAAGGCUAUGUUCAUCCUUCAACUCCUUCUUCCCAUACAGAUAUCGAGAGCCAAGCCAUUCUGGUUAGCUCUACGCAUGAGGAUGGUUCCCAGAAUUAUAAGACUACGUUUCUAAUGGCCGCCGAUGAAGGCGCUGAGUAUGAACUCGUAUAUUUUAGGAGACUGGAUGAUGAGUUUAAUAAAGUUGGUAAGUUCUAUAAGGCUAAGGUGGAGGAGGUUAUGAAGGAAGCUGAGAUGUUGAAUAAGCAAAUGGAUGCUUUGAUUGCUUUCAGAGUUAAGGUUGAGAAUCCUCAGGGUUUGGUUUUCGAUAUGUCUGAGAAGACUGUUGAGAUGACUCGUCUUGCUUCUGGGAUUGCUGCUUCUUCUGCUGCGUUAUCGGCUUCCACUCCUAAAGGGGCUAAAUCUGGAAAAAGACCUCACAUGGCUAUGGAGAUAAUUGAAGAAGGAGGGAUUAGUGAGCAUGGGCAAUCUGAUGAGUCGAAUGAAGAUGGGGACGAUAUCGACACGAAAUUGAGAGAUAAAAAGGUUGAAGAAGAUAGCUCUAGCAAAAGGAAGGGUGUUAGACCACCUCCAUUAGAUGUUCUUGAUCGUGUCAAAAUCAAUCAACCCAUUGAAACACCUCGUUCAACCAUCAAGGGCUUUCUUAAAAUCUCUAAAAACACUGAACUUCGGUUUAGCAGAGACAAUCUAAAGAAAGUUGAAGAACAACUCAGGCAGGCUUUCUCUGUGUUUUACCAGAAACUUAGGCUUCUCAAGAGCUUCAGCUUCUUGAAUACACUGGCCUUCUCAAAAAUCAUGAAGAAAUAUGACAAGAUUACAUCAAGAGAUGCCUCGAAAGCUUACAUGAAAACGGUGGAUAGUUCUUACCUUGGAAGCUCAGAUGAUGUUGCUAAGUUAAUGGAGAGGGUUGAGAACACAUUCAUCAAACAUUUCUGCAAUGCUAACCGCAGCAAAGCGAUGAAUAUUUUAAGACCCAAAGCUAAGAGAGAGAGACAUAGGACAACGUUUUCCAUGGGUUUCCUAGCUGGCUGUUCUGCAGCUCUUGUUUUAGCCCUCAUCUUAAUUAUUCGUGCCCGCCAUAUUAUGGAUAGCAGAGGAAGCACAAAAUACAUGGAAACCAUGUUUCCCCUUUACAGCCUGUUUGGAUUUGUUGUACUGCAUUUGGUUAUGUAUGCUGUCAACAUAUUCUAUUGGAGGCGAUAUCGAGUGAAUUAUUCCUUCAUAUUUGGUUUCAAGGAAGGAAAUGAGUUAGGCUAUCGUCAAGUUCUCCUUAUUGCUUUUGCUCUAGCAGUACUUGGACUUGGCUCUGUGCUCUCAAACCUUGACAUGGAAAUGGACCCAAGAACAAAAGAUUUCAAAGCAUUGACUGAACUUCUGCCUCUGUUUGCAGUUGUUCUUGUAACUGCAAUACUUAUCUGCCCGUUUAACAUCAUAUAUCGCUCAAGUCGUUUCUUCUUCCUCACUUGUUUAUUUCACUGCAUCUGUGCUCCGCUCUACAAGGUGGUGCUCCCAGACUUUUUCUUAGCUGAUCAGUUAACAAGCCAGGUGCAAGCACUCAGAAGUUUGGAAUUUUACAUUUGCUAUUAUGGUUGGGGAGACUACAGAAUGAGAGUAAACACGUGCAAGGCUAGUGCCGUGUUCCAAACCUUCAGUUUCAUCAUCGCGGUUAUUCCAUACUGGUCUCGCCUUCAGCAGUGUCUUCGUCGACUGUACGAAGAGAAGGACAAAAUGCACGCACUGAACGGAUUGAAAUACUCGUUUGCGAUUGCGGCUGUCUGCUUCAGGACAGCAUACAGUCUGAACAAAAACUUAUAUGUUUGGUAUGUACUAGCCUGGAUAUUUUCAGUCAUAGCAGCAAUUUCGGGCACGUACUGGGACCUUGUGAUAGACUGGGGGCUUCUGCAACGACGUUCGAAGAACCGCUGGUUGAGGGACAAGCUUCUCGUCCCUCAAAAGAGCGUAUAUUUUGUUGCAAUGGCAUUGAAUGUGGUGCUGAGACUUGCUUGGAUGCAAACUGUGUUGAACUUCAAGGUCCCAUUCUUGCACAGAGAAGGGUUGGUUGCAAUUGUUGCUAGCUUAGAGAUCAUUCGUCGCGGCAUAUGGAACUUCUUUAGGAUUGAAAAUGAGCAUUUGAACAAUGUUGGUAAAUAUAGAGCAUUCAAAUCAGUGCCUCUACCUUUCAACUAUGAUGAAGAUGAUAAAGAUGACUGAAUGCUGAUCCAGAAUGGAUUUGGAACACCUUUUUUCCCUUCUUUUUUUUUGUCUCCAUGUAUUUAUUAUAUAUUAUUUUUUGAUGUUUAUAGCAAUUUUGAAAGAAUUCCCACUGUCCAAUUUACAGAAAAGUAAAUCAAGUUAGAUGAGAAAUGCAAAGAAAUUUGAAUUCUUUUAUGCC